CAAAAUAACUCUUUCGAUGAGAUGAAAAAUCAAAACCAUUUUUACGGCUUAAAACCGCAGUAAAAAGGGUCAAAAAAAUAGUUUUUAUAGUCGAACCAAAUUCCCCGAACCGGCGACAGCCGCGAAGACGACGCACCGUUGAUUGGCAUGUUCGGAGACAUCGAACUCCGGUUCCCGUUGCUGCGGCCGGCGAGGCGAAACACGCAGAGUAGGAGAGAUGUCUCCGAAUCAAUGCUUUGAAAAUGUAGAUACUGGGUCAUAGGGUGUUUCUCUGUUGGGCCUGGGAAUUUGCAGUUCUUUGUGCUUGACGAUGCGAUGCCCUUGUUUUCUUUUUAGUCUGAUCAUUCCAUGGAUGUGUAUGCCUUGCUCUUUGGCUCGAGCUGCAAGAUAAUUAUCCUUGAUACCGUGCCUUACGGAGCUUUCGAGCAUCUGAAUAUGGGUUUAAGGUAAAGCUUUGGAAAGGUUGCAUUUUGUGCUCAAGGUGUUUGUUAUAAUGACCGUGCCAAAUAUGAUGGAGAGAUGAUGAGGCCUUGUCAUUAUGAUUCUUCUAUAUGGAGGAGAACAUCCUUUCCUCCAAGAGAGGUUCUCCAUGUUUGUCAUGAUUGAUAUUUAUCAGAGGCAUGAAGAGGGUCGCCACUAGUGUCUCAGGCCAUUUGUUUAACACCUGUUGUCAUCAGCUUCACCUGGAAUAUUCAAGUAUCUUAUUGUUAUUCUUCCCUUGUAGAUGUUUGAGCUUAAGACAUUUCUCCUCAGGUUCAACUACUGCCAGACCUUUUCCUGAUUAUUCCCCAAAAAAACCUACCAUCAAAGACUCCGAGCUCGUUUACCAUAUUUCCACCACAAUAAAAUUACGCCGCACUGAGCCCCUUCGCCUUAUACUUAAGCCUUGUGAAUCCAAGUUUAGGCCCGACCAUCUGGUUUGGGUUCUCAUGAACAUUAAGAAUGACUACAAGCUGGUUUUGGACUUCUUUGAUUGGGCAUGCCUUCGGAGAGACCCCACAUUACAAGCUCGUUGCAUAGUUGUUCAAGUAGCUGUGGCUUCUGGGGAUCUAAAAACAGCUCAUGAUCUUAUUGGCGAUGUUUGUUCAAAGCCCAAUUUGGAGACCAGUAUAUGGUUAAUUCGUUUCGUUGAGCAGUUAAUAUAUACAUACAAAGACUGGGGUUCUAAUCCCCGCGUGUUCGACAUAUUCUUCCAAAUCCUUGUUGAAGCCGGUUUUUUUGCCGAAGCAAGAAAAUUCUUCCACAAGUUGUUGAAUUACGGGGUGGUCAUUUCAGUUGAUUCUUGUAAUUUAUACCUCACUCGUCUUUCUCAUGACGUGGACAGCCCUCAAAUUUUAAUGAAGGCAUUCAAAGAGCUUGGUGAUCUUGGUAUUAGUUGGAAUAUCGAAUCAUUUAAUAUCUUAGUACAUUCACUUUGUCGAUUUCAAAAAAUAAAAGAAGCUCACAGUUUACUCUGGCAAAUGGAGUUGAGAGGCUGGUCACCGGAUGUUGUAAGCUACAGUUCGAUAAUUAAUGGUUAUUGCCAUGUUGGCGAACUUCAGAUUGUGUUGAAGCUCAUAGAGGAAAUGCAAAUAAGAGGCUUGAAGCCGAACCAUUUUACCUACAGCAGUAUAAUUGUUCUUCUAUGUAAGUCCGGAAAAAUAGCUGAAGCUGAGCUGGUCUGUCAGGAUAUGAUAAACAAUGGAAUGUAUCCUGAUAGUGUUGUUUAUACAACUCUUAUAGAUGGAUUCUGCAAGUUAGGAAAUUUUGUUGCUGCUUUUAGUCUGUUUAGUGAAAUGCAUAGUCGGGGAGUUGCCCCUGAUUUUGUGACAUAUACUGCUCUUAUUUGUGGGUUUUGCCAGAGUGGAAAAUUGGUGGAAGCAAAUAAACUAUUUGAUGAGAUGAUUGACCGUGGCUUUAAACCCGAUGAAGUUACCUACACCGCACUCAUUGAUGGUUAUGGCAAGGCUGGUGAGAUUGCAAAGGCAUUUUCUCUUCACAACCAAAUGGUAAAGAUAGGGCUUACCCCAAACAUAGUUACGUAUACUGCCCUGGCUGAUGGCCUUUGUAAACGUGGAGACAUGGAUUCAGCAAACGAGCUUCUUCAUGAGAUGCAGAGGAAAGGCCUUCAACUGAAUCUUUGCACUUACAAUGUUAUUAUUAAUGGUCACUGUAAAGCAGGGAAUAUUGAUCUAGCUGUGAGACUCAUGGAAGAUAUGGAGUGUGCUGGGAUUCAUCCCGAUACCAUUACUUACACAACUUUAAUGGAUACCUAUUGUAAACUCGGGGAGAUGGCAAAAGCUCACGAGCUCCUUCGGAAAAUGUUAGCUAAGGGUCUUCAACCUUCUGUUGUUACAUUUAGUGUGCUGAUGAAUGGAUUCUGUAAUUCAGGAAUGCUUGUGGAUGGCGAACAGCUACUUAAAUGGAUGCUGGAAAAGGGUCUUAAUCUGAAUGCCGCCAUUUACAAUUCUCUGAUGAAACAGUAUUCCAUUAGAAAUAAUAUUCGCGCCACCACCGAGAUCUACCGGUACAUGUGUGCGAGAGGAGUUGUGCCUGAUGGUAACACUUAUAACAUAUUGGUACGGGGCCAUUCUAAAGCGAGGAAUAUGAAGGAAGCAUGGUUUUUGCAUCGAGAAAUGAUUGGGAAGGGAUUUAUACCAACUGCUCCUUCAUACAAUGCACUUAUUAAGGGACUCUUAAAAAAGAAGAAAUUUUCUGAGGCCAGGCAGCUAUUUGAAGAGAUGAGAACACAGGGGCGGGUUGUAGACAGAGAGAUCUACAAUGCCUUUGUGGACAUGAUGUAUGAUGAGGGAAAAAUGGGAAAUAUGCUUAACCUUUGUGAUGAGGUGAUAGAGAAAUCUCUUUUGGAUGUGGAAAAGAGUGGGGACUAAUAAUGUUGAUUACUUGCUGCUGCCAUGACAUUUGGCAAAUUCCAAUUUGGUUUGAUUGAGUUGGAGGGUUGAUUCCAACCUUGGCAGGUAAAAUCCUUCUCGGUCAAUGUUGUGUGACCAAUGGGAACUUGGGAUGUGAUUCAUAAGAGAUUUAAAUGAUAGGAGAUGCAUAUAGGUUUUCUACUUAAUCUAUUUUCAGUUGUGAUGAAACGUUUUUUGUCUUUGCCUGUUUUGUGAAACUCUAAAGUUUCGGUGAGAAGUCGAUCAGGAGGGGCUAUAAAAAGCUGGCACUUGAAUCCUUGAUGUCUCAGCAAUUCAGCGAGUAUGAUUUUCAGAUCAUAAAAGUUGGAUAAAUUUAUUCCCAUGAUCUGCUGUGGAGACCUUCUCUUGCACUCACUACCGCUUGAGGCAGCUUCCAAUUUCCCGUUACUACCUCUUGAGGCAGCUUUGAAUACCCAGAUUGAAUCACUGGGUAUCCGCCACGGGAACGAGCUGCCAUCUCCAGUGGACCCACUAGCAAUAAUGUGUGCUGUCACAAACUCAAAUGCUUUAAUAUGCUUGGCAGCCUGACGAGAGAAUUAUUGGUCCUGGCCCGAAAGCUUUGCCCGUCGGGUAGUGAUCGUAGAGAGGAGGCCACUUGCCAGCUCUUCGUGGUUUGGGACUAACAUUGUCGCAGCAGGAGGGUCGAUCAGCUAGUUCACCCACCAUGACCAGAGCAUAACACCAAGAAGCUUCUGGGUUAGAAGUGGUCGUCCUUCAGGCCAACACUCUAAUUAAGGAACGACAAUAUCUUUCAUUCUUGGGACGGGGCGAUGGCCUAUUCCAAGUCAUGUGCUCAGUUGAUGAACAGCCCUGAAGAUUUACAUGGGCACUGUCAAAAAGUGCCAUCGCUCGGUCCCCGUUCUUCUCUUUUGCUUUCCAAACUUUGUUUACAUCGGAACUGUCGGAACGGUGAAUUAUGUAAGAGGAUCGUGCUGAUGAUGUGUUUCACAACUUUUGAUUAAAGAAAGUAUACGGCACCUUCCCGUGCUUUUCAAA